ACCUUCUCCUCGGCAUCAUCCAACGAGCAACAGCAGUAGCAACACAGCAGCUCUUGCUCCUGGUCUUGCAAAACUUCCUUCGGUCUUUCGUCUCCAUCCGCCACAAUUUCACUGCGCCACAGCUGUACUUCCCGCGACGACUGCGCAAGUUACCGCACGCCUAAUCGCAGAAACCCCGUCGCUCCCCUCUCCAAGGCACUUACUCCAAUCCGAGAGAUACUACCGCAGUUGCCGGUACCCUUGAUCUCGUCCGCUCUCGUCUGCUCUCGUCUCCAGUUCGCCUCUUCACAUUCAACAUCGUCGAGGCUCCGCUCACUGUCGGCUCACCUUCUCAGGAGGAGACUCUCGUCCCUCCCUCCCCUUUUCCACCUCUCGCCUCGCUAGAACCGAUACCCUUUUCAGAACGAGAGAAUUUCACGGUCGAGUGAAGGCGAUUAAUCAUUCGUCAGCGCUACGUCAGCCCGCGCUGCCAGACCCGUAGACUAACCCGCGUUGAUGCCCUGUGCUGAUGCAUGCAUCAUAGUAGCACCAACACAUCCCAAGGCUCGUACUACUACGUAUUGAGACUCCUCCGGUUGUCGCGUCAAUUGACCUGAUCUCCUCAACUCCCUCCGAGACGAAAAUAGUAGCCUCCGCACUCGAGUCGACUCAGAAGUAGGCUCUGCUCGUCUGCGCUCCUUUCCCCCUGUGGUCCUUGCUGCGUGCGCAUCUUGCGGAUGGGCUUUUGAGAAGUCAAGUCGAAUCCUGCGAAUGGGCCAGUCCGCUUCAAGUUGAAGUUGAAUCCACCGUGAUGUCUCUUGGCGGAAGCAAUCCCUCUCUCUGCCGCCAUCGCCGCCCCCACAACGGCUGUUUUCAUCAUGGGGCGGCCUCGCUCGGCGCGGGAGAACUCACACGGUCGCCCGCAGCUACUCCGCACGGACUAACACUAGCCGUACCACAACCGCACAUGACGGCGCUAGCCAGUGCUCGUAGUACUAGUAGUACUAGUGGUACUACCACUAGUAACAGGAUCAGCACUGGUAAUAGCCCUGGCGCUGGAGAGGAUGCGAGUAGAUCGCCUGGAGCGCAUCGAACGGAUCGGGCGGAUCGGGCGGAUCGAGAGGAUCGAGAGGAUCGAGAGGAUGAGGCACAAAGGACGACUACUACUACUAGUAGGGAGCGAAGAGCGCGUCUGGGGCGGCACGGUACCGCCACGAUGCCAUGUGUCGUGUGGAGCUUUUUCCUCGUGGGCGGGCUGCUGAGCGUGCUGGGGCUGGCGGCAGCGCCGUGUGCGGCGGACGACACGGUGCGCGAGUGGAGCAUGCCCGAGGGCAAGAACCUCACGCUCCACGUGCUGGCCGACAACCCCUAUGGCGCCAAGUGCCUCGACGGCAGUCCGCCCGGGUAUUUUUUCCGCCGCGGCAGCGGCGCGGGAAAGCAGGCGUGGCACAUAUUCCUGCCGGGCGGGGGGUGGUGCGCCAGCGCGGACGACUGCGCUGCGCGCGCCAGCACCGCCAUGGGGUCCACGCGGCCCUGGACGCCCCGCCGCAAGAGCGCGCGGCGGCUGGCAGUGCUGUUCAAGGGCAUCCUGAGCCCGACGCGGCGGCGCAACCCCAACUUCCACGACUGGAACCUGGUGGUGCCGCUGUACUGCGACGGCGGCGGGUACGCGGGGCGCGCGGGGUGGCGGCAGGUGAACGAGAGCACGAGCAUCUACAUGGACGGCUGGCGCAUCAUGAAGGCCGUCCUCUCAGACCUGAUGGACCAGAGGGGCCUCAAGUCCGCAACGCAGGUGCUGCUGUCAGGGUGCUCGGCGGGGGGCCAGGCGGUGGUGAUGCUGUGCGAUCAAGUGGAGACCCUGCUGCCCUCCGCCACCGUCAAGUGCCUCAUGGACGGCGGCUUCUUUCUCGACGCCAGGGACCGGAAUGACAAGCUUCGGUUCCGCUCGUUGGUGCAGAGGAUCGCGUCGCUACACCAGGCAACUGGCAACGCCCGCUGCGGUAGAGCCCACGAGGACGAGGAGAAGUGGCGGUGUUUCUUCCCGCAGUAUUCACUGGGCUACGUCGCCUCCACUAUCUUCGUCGUGAACCCCCUCUUUGACUACGCUGCUCUCAGCAUCGGCAACCAGCUGCCCAACAAGACGUCCAGCAUCGCACGGUGCCUGCACGACCUCACGGUCGACAUGCCAUCCCUCACCGAGUCCAUCCGGAACAACUCCUGGUCCAACAUGACUUACAAGGAGAACAGUCCAUGCUCGGAAGAUGAGCAGAAGGCAGUGCUGACCGUGGCUGGAGUUAUGUACAAUGAGGUCAAGGCGCUUGUGAAGAAGGAGAGGAGGGUUGCUGCGUAUUUGUUGGAUACUGUGGCUCAUUGCAGCACGGUGUACUCGUCUUGGUCGAAGAUCAGAGUGAAUGGUGUCACAGUGAGAAAGGCCAUUGGAAAUUGGUACUUCGACUCGGAUGGAUCUGACGAGUCUAGGUUCUUACAUCCAUGAUAUAAUGUGCUUGUAUAAAUAUACAUACUAAGUGACU